AUGACACGAUGUGUCAAUUUCGUCACUGGCAAUCCUAACAAGCUUCGUGAGGUCAAAGCCAUGCUUGAGCCUGGGAUCCAAGUCCGAAGCAAUCCCAUCGACAUUGAGGAGGUCCAGGGUUCUAUUGAGGAGGUGACAGAGUACAAGUGCCGCAAGGCUGCUGAGAUGGUCAAUGGGCCGGUACUUGUGGAGGACACGGCGCUGUGCUUCAAUGCUCUUGCAGGGCUACCGGGACCCUAUAUUAAAUGGUUCUUGGCGGGUAUUGGCCACGAAGGUUUGAACAAUCUCCUCGCGGCAUACGCAGACAAGUCUGCGGAGGCUGUCUGCACGUUUGGCUACUGCGAAGGCCCAGGACAUAAGCCGAUCAUCUUCCAAGGGAAAUGUCCGGGAAAUAUUGUACCUGCAAGAGGGCCAACUCACUUUGGUUGGGACCCUAUCUUUGAACACGACGGGAAGACAUUCGCUGAAAUGGACGGGGCGGGGAAGAACAAGAUAUCCCACCGUAGUCGCGCCCUUGAAAAGCUUCGAAAAUGGUUUGACCGCGAGCACCAAGACUAA